GCUAUAAUGUCUGAAUCGCCCAUUCUGCCCCCGCCACUCUUCCUCGCGCGCGCUGCCGCUCGUCCCUCCACCCCCGCCGCCACCACCACCACCGCCGCCGCCGCCGCCGCCGCUUCUACCCCUUCGUCUACCGACGCCUCUUCUCUGGCCGCCGUCGAGCAGCAACAAGCGCAGCCAGUCCACUCGGACGGCUUUGUUCCCCGCGUCGCGCUCACGCCAUCUCAAGUGCAGGCAAUCGAGCAACUCCAAGAAAAGCUGAAUGUGCCGGGUUGGACCGUCCGCCAAUGGCGCUACAUCCAUGAAGGCGGUUGCCUAGCACGAUACCUCCGUGCUCGCGAUUGGGAUGUCGAGAAGGCGCACCAACUCAUGCUUGGAACUCUGACGUGGCGCGAAGAGUUUAAGGUGCACGAAAUCUCGCCCGAGGAUCCACUCAUUGUCGAAGAGGGCCUGACAGGAAAGACAUACCGUCAUGGCCGGGACCGAGCAGGUCGCCCAAUCAUCUACAUGAAGCCGCGCUUCCAAAACACCAAAAACUACGCCGAGCAAGUGCGGUACACUGUGCAUCACCUCGAGCAGGCAAUGCGCAGUAUGAAUCUGCACGAGGGUGUCGAGCAAAUGACGCUCUUGAUUGAUUUCCAAGGCUACUCGGUCAUGAAUGCUCCUCCCAUGUCACAAACAAAGGAAGUCAUGUCCAUUUUGCUGAACUGUUAUCCCGAGCGGCUGGGUCUGGCGUUGAUGGUCGACGCGCCAUUCCUGUUCAACAUGGCGUACAAGGUUGUGUAUCCCUUCCUCCCAACCGAGACUCGCAAGAAGAUUCACUUUAUCAGCGGCAACCAGCAAAGCAAAGCGACGAGUCUGAGCCAACACAUUGAUCUGGAAACACUCGAGCAUGACUAUGGCGGUUUGGUGAAGGCCAAGUACGACAGCGCGGCAUACACCAAAGCAGAAGCUGAGGAACUCGGUCGAUUCAAAGCACACCACGCCGAUCUCGAGUCCAAAGAGACCGACGUACCACCACAAAAGGCCUAGGCUAGAAAUAAACUGCAUUAUUACAACAUGACAUUACAAGUAUUCACGUCUCA